AUGAGCAAUACUAAUAAUUCUAAUGCUCCCAAUGUUAGUGACUCUAAUGUUUCUAAUACUAACAAUACUAAUAACCCAACAUUGUUCAAACAAAAAUCUUCUAGAUCAAAAUCAUCUAAAACCAAUUACGAAAAUAAGAAAGAUAGGUUUGGAGACGAUGACUAUAACGUUGAUAAUGAUGAGGAAAAUGGUGACAAUGAUCGUAUUAAUCCUGGUCAACGGAGCGAAAUGUUAGACCAAAUGUGA